AUGGCAGAUCUAGCGCUCUUGGAAGAUGUGCAUGCUGCAUUAAGAAGAGAAAGAACAUUCCGUGAUUGGAGUGACUUCUUAAGUGAGUCUGAUGACUGGCUACUAAGCCGCUUCCAUCUGCCAAGGCACGUCUUGGUCCAGUUGUUCGAGAAGUUAGAGCCGCAGCUGGGACGGCAGACCCGGCGUUCUCGUGCCAUUCCGGUGCCACUGCAGGUGCUCUCCACGCUGGGUGUCCUGGCCACCGGGUCAUUCCAACGGGAAAUAGCUGAAAGCUGGCUCCAAAUCUCCGUCUGCCUGUCCAGCACCUCCUCAGUCAGGACCGAGGCCCGUCGUAGAGGCGGGGAUGUGCGGGGUUGGGAAGCAGCGGCCAGGGGCACAUCUCCAGUCUGUGUCCCCUUCAUCCCCCAAGACACCGACGAUUGA